AUGAGUAUGGAUAACCAGACCAAGACGUUCACGACGUACGAGACGACUGGAAACUCAGACCAAGACGAUCACGCUGAGCGUCCCUUUAAAGUCGACGCUGACUGGAAUGAGGAGUGGAAUGCCGGGUCCCCUGGGGGGUACUCGAUUAUGAGGAAGGAGUGUGAGGUGGAGAUUAUGAGUGAGGAUUAUCUGACUACGGAUGUUGCGUUGGUGGAUUCAGCCACUGGGGACGAUGGACGUGAAGAGGGUUUCGAGGGCGGAUAA